GCCCUCAUAUUAAAAUGGGUGCACAAAACAAUGUGUCUGGCAUCGACAAUUCAGUUACAAAUACCAAUGUAUUUAUAUCUUUUUCACCUAAAAUGAUGAUAUCUUUAUAGUUUUCUGCCCCAUUAAUCGAAAAGACGUUUAAAAAACAAUACUGAAUCCUAUCUUUUUCUCCUAAAAUGAUUAUAUCUUUCCAGCUUUUUUCAUGAUAAAGCGGAAAAACGUUUGUCACGGGCCCCAUGUAGUAGAUUAUUUUAUUGUAUGUUUGUCAUGGUCCAUUUAUUGAUGGGCGAACGACGGGGAUUGAACCUUCUCCGAAACUACAUUAACUUUCCAUAACAAAAAAAAGUCGACCUAUUCCUCCUGACUCUAAACAGCUGCUCAUAUAGUUGUGGACAGUCAAAAGAAAGUUCUUCGAAGUUGUUCUUUGGACAUGAAACCUAUGCAUUCUCAAUCGUUUGAAAAUAAAGAUCAAGCUCUUGUCGUCAUUCCGGAGAGACAAGAGUCAAACUCGCAGGUUUUUGUGGUAAGGAACAUGGCUAAUCGGGUGAUGCAGCUAGUAAGGAUGUCAGAUCUAACUGUGAAGAAUCAAAUAAAUUCACGUGAGUUGAUAAGGAAAACUAGAUUGGUUUAUGAUUCACUUCGCGCUGUAGUGAGUAUCGAGGAGGAGGAGAAGAGGAUUGCAGUAGAAAGGAGAAUGACGGCUGAAGUUGCGGUUAUGGAGGAAGAGAUGAGACUGAUGGAGGAGAGGAGGCUGGCGGAAGAGAGAAGUUUGGUUGAUGAGGUUGCGCUGAUGGAGGUUGAGAUGAGAGUAGGUGAAGCGAGGAUUGUGGAGGGAGCUGCAAGGGUUGAUGUUGAAACACCGAAAAGAAGAAGGGGUCGUGUUCGCAACCGUAUUCGUGGUGAUAUGAGGGCAGCGACAUUGAUGAGGAAGCGUGAGUUGUGGCUGUAUCGUGAUAAGCGGAUACUUGGACCAAUACCCGGUAUUUAUGUUGGUGAUUUGUUUCUUUUUAGGAUGGAAUUGUGUGUGGUUGGUUUGCAUAUGCAAAUACAAGCUGGCAUUGAUUAUUUACCUAAGAGUAAGUCUCCCAAUGGCGAGCCAAUUGCCACUAGUGUGAUUGUCUCUGGUGGUUAUGAGGAUAAUAUGGAAUUGGAUAACGGUGAUGUUAUAAUCUACACUGGCCAUGGAGGACAGAAGAAGAAUUCCUCGAGGCAAAUUUGUGAUCAAAAAUUGGAUGGUGGAAACCUUGCUUUGGAAAGGAGUAUGCAUCAUGGCAUUGAGGUUAGGGUGAUUCGCGGGAUGAAGUAUGAAGGGAGUGCGUCUGGUUCUGGUAUGGUAUAUAUUUAUGAUGGACUAUAUAGGAUUGUUGAUUUUUGGUUUGAUGUUGGAAAAUCUGGCUUUGGAGUUUACAAGUAUAAGCUUUUGAGAACCGAGGGGCAAGCUAAGUUGGGUAGUGUUGUUCUCAAAGAAGCUAGAGAUAUUAAGAAAAGUGGGUUGGAUUUUAAGCCUAUGUAUUGUCUUUCAGUUGAUAUUUCUAACACUAGGGAGAGUAUUCCGGUUAGGCUUUUUAAUGACAUAGAUGACAAUCAAGAACCACUUUAUUAUGAGUAUCUUCAAAAUACUAGUUUUCCGUUGUGUAUGUUUCAUCAGAGUGAGAAAGCUACAGGUUGCCAGUGUGUGGAAGCUUGUACUUAUGGUUGCUUUUGCUCUAUGAAGAAUGGAGGAGAGUUUCCUUAUAAUCUACAGGGUUUGCUUGUGAGAGGGAAGCCUUUGAUUUUUGAAUGUGGCCCUUUUUGUUCUUGUCCUCCCAAUUGUCGGAAUCGUGUUGCACAAAAGGGGCUCAAAUUUAGGCUGGAAGUGUUUAGGUCUACUCAGACGGGUUGGGGAGUUAGGUCCUUGGACCUUAUUCAGGCCGGAGCUUUUAUCUGCGAGUAUACAGGGGUUGUAUUGACUCCAGAGCAAGCACAAAUUUUAACAAUGAAUGGCGACUCGUUGAUAUAUCCUAAUUGGUUUUCAGAUAGAUGGGCAGAAUGGGGGGAUUUAUCUCAGAUAUACACUAAUUAUGAGCGCCCAUCAUAUCCAUCAAUUCCUCCGUUAGAUUUUUCUCUGGAUGUGUCAACAAUGAGAAAUGUUGCUUGCUAUGUGAGCCAUAGUUCGAGUCCAAAUGUAUUUGCUCAGUAUGUUAUGUAUGAUCACAACAAUGUGAGGUUCCCUCGCAUUAUGCUAUAUGCAUCGGAGAAUAUCCCUCCAAUGAGAGAGCUGAGCAUUGAUUAUGGCGUAGCGGAUGAGUUGACCGACAAACUCGCCAUAUGCAUGUGACUUGAUAGUUUUGCAUGCGUUCUGAAGCCGAGUUUUGGCCGCUGGGGUAAAAAUCUUAAUUCUAUCAUUAUCCUCUUUUUUUUUUCUUUUUUUUUUUUCGCAUUAUCUUUUAACUGUCUUUUUAUUUGGUAGUUUGUGUUUUCUUUGAAUGUAAACUUUAUUAUGUUAAUGAUGAUGAUGGGUUAUUAUAGAUAUAAAAUUACUGUGAUACUUCCAUCAUCCUGGUGUAUUUCAGAUUAUGGAGAAAUUAUUAUAGUGAGUUUUAUGUUCGUCUUGUGUCUAAUUUUUGUACUCUGAUAUGCCAACAAAUUAGAAGCAUGGUUGUAAUAUGGUGAUUAUGGAUAUAAUGCAAUUUAGAUGUAUGUUAAUCCAGAGCUAACAAAAGCUCCAGGAUUUUGCCUAUUGAUUUUUUGCAUGUCCAUUGUUGACACAGGUAUGUCUAUGUCACUUUGAUUAAAUUUACACGCCGAUACCG